CACGAAAAUCAAAUCAAAUCAGUUCCUCCUGCUUCCUUUUCGCCAUGGCGUCGAUAUCGAGGACUCUUCAAAUCACCGUUAUUUCCGCCGAAGAUCUCAGCCGUCAUCGGAAAUCGUUAAAGAAGAACUCGUUCGCGACCGUCAGAAUCGACUCUCAGAACAUCGGCAGCACGCUAAUCGACGGCGAAGGCGGGAGCUAUCCUUUCUGGAACCACAAAAUUGAGUUCAACUUGCCGUCGAAUGUAAGUUUCAUCACUGUGGAUGUGCAUUGUGGAAAUUUCUCCAGGAACAAGAUCGUCGGAACUACGAGAGUUCCGGUAUCGGACUUUUUAGGCGGAUCCUUGCCAGAAACUUAUCUGCAUAUUCUGAGCUACCGGUUGAGAGAUGUUAGAGGUAAUAGGAAUGGAAUUGUUAAUAUUUCUGUGAGAGUUACGGCGCCUGACGUUGUUGAAUCCACUCCAAGAACGGCAAAACUCCAGGCGCCGUCGGAGAAAAUUAAUUUCGGCACCGGCGCCGGCGUUGCAGUCGGAAUCCCUUUUUGGAGUGGUUCCGGUAUUUGA